GCGCAUGUUCAGUGGGAAUAUAGGGUAGCAACAUAAAAGGAGCGUCCCCUGUUAGCUCGGUGCAGUUCAACGGAACAGUUGAGAGUGAUUCUUGAAGAGACGUUCAACGCUUUAUAAAUUAUAUUAAAAAUUUUUGCUGCAUAAACCAAUUCUACGAAGGAUAAUCAUGCAGAUUUUCGUCAAGACAUUGACUGGAAAAACCAUAACCCUCGAGGUUGAAGCAUCAGAUACAAUUGAAAAUGUGAAAGCCAAAAUCCAAGACAAAGAGGGAAUUCCACCAGACCAACAAAGAUUGAUCUUUGCUGGCAAACAAUUGGAAGAUGGGCGCACGCUUUCUGACUACAACAUCCAAAAGGAAUCUACCCUUCACCUUGUACUUCGUCUCCGUGGAGGAAUGCAGAUUUUUGUAAAAACCCUUACAGGAAAAACAAUUACUCUGGAAGUUGAGGCAUCAGAUACUAUUGAAAAUGUGAAAGCUAAAAUCCAGGACAAAGAGGGUAUCCCACCAGACCAACAAAGACUGAUCUUCGCUGGUAAACAGUUGGAAGAUGGGCGCACGCUUUCCGAUUACAAUAUCCAAAAGGAGUCUACUCUCCAUCUUGUACUCCGUCUCCGUGGUGGAAUGCAAAUUUUCGUGAAAACUCUCACUGGUAAAACUAUAACUCUGGAGGUUGAGGCGUCGGACACUAUUGAAAAUGUAAAAGCUAAAAUCCAGGACAAAGAAGGUAUUCCUCCAGACCAACAGCGAUUGAUCUUUGCUGGUAAACAAUUGGAAGAUGGGCGCACGCUUUCUGAUUAUAAUAUCCAAAAAGAAUCUACCCUUCACCUUGUACUCCGUCUCCGUGGUGGUAUGCAGAUUUUUGUUAAAACGCUGACUGGAAAAACUAUUACUCUUGAGGUUGAAGCAUCCGACACAAUUGAGAACGUUAAGGCUAAAAUUCAAGACAAAGAAGGUAUUCCUCCAGACCAACAGAGAUUGAUCUUCGCUGGUAAACAAUUGGAAGAUGGGCGCACGCUUUCCGAUUACAAUAUCCAAAAGGAGUCCACUCUCCAUCUUGUACUCCGUCUCCGUGGUGGAAUGCAAAUUUUUGUGAAAACUCUCACAGGUAAAACUAUAACUCUGGAGGUUGAGGCGUCGGACACGAUUGAAAAUGUAAAAGCUAAAAUCCAGGACAAAGAAGGUAUUCCUCCAGACCAACAGAGACUGAUUUUUGCUGGUAAACAAUUAGAAGAUGGGCGCACGCUUUCUGAUUAUAAUAUCCAAAAAGAAUCUACCCUUCACCUUGUACUCCGUCUCCGUGGUGGUAUGCAGAUUUUUGUUAAAACGCUGACUGGAAAAACUAUUACUCUUGAGGUUGAAGCAUCCGACACAAUUGAGAACGUUAAGGCUAAAAUUCAAGACAAAGAAGGUAUUCCUCCAGACCAACAGAGAUUGAUCUUCGCUGGUAAACAAUUGGAAGAUGGGCGCACGCUUUCCGAUUACAAUAUCCAAAAGGAGUCCACUCUCCAUCUUGUACUCCGUCUCCGUGGUGGAAUGCAAAUUUUUGUGAAAACUCUCACAGGUAAAACUAUAACUCUGGAGGUUGAGGCGUCGGACACGAUUGAAAAUGUAAAAGCUAAAAUCCAGGACAAAGAAGGUAUUCCUCCAGACCAACAGAGACUGAUUUUUGCUGGUAAACAAUUAGAAGAUGGGCGCACGCUUUCUGAUUAUAAUAUCCAAAAAGAAUCUACCCUUCACCUUGUACUCCGUCUCCGUGGUGGUAUGCAGAUUUUUGUUAAAACGCUGACUGGAAAAACUAUUACUCUUGAAGUUGAAGCAUCCGACACAAUUGAGAACGUUAAGGCUAAAAUUCAAGACAAGGAAGGUAUUCCUCCAGACCAACAGAGAUUGAUCUUCGCUGGUAAACAACUGGAAGAUGGACGCACGCUUUCUGACUACAACAUUCAGAAAGAAUCCACUCUACAUCUUGUACUCCGUCUCCGUGGUGGUAUGCAGAUUUUCGUAAAGACUCUCACCGGUAAGACUAUUACUUUGGAAGUUGAGGCGUCGGACACCAUCGAAAAUGUUAAGGCUAAAAUCCAGGACAAAGAAGGCAUCCCACCAGAUCAGCAACGAUUGAUUUUUGCCGGUAAACAGCUGGAAGAUGGACGUACGCUUUCUGAUUACAACAUCCAGAAGGAGUCAACUCUCCACCUUGUACUCCGACUGAGAGGCGGAAUGCAGAUUUUCGUAAAAACUCUUACUGGAAAAACUAUCACUCUUGAAGUCGAGGCAUCAGAUACUAUUGAAAAUGUUAAGGCAAAAAUUCAGGACAAAGAAGGCAUUCCACCAGAUCAGCAGAGAUUGAUCUUUGCUGGUAAACAAUUAGAAGACGGACGCACACUUUCUGAUUAUAAUAUUCAAAAAGAAUCUACUCUCCAUUUGGUACUUCGACUUAGGGGAGGAAAUAUGUGAUUCCUAUAUGUGAUCUCCUUUUAUUAAAUGAAAUUAUGAAAAUAAAUAGCAACCAAUUUUUUUUACUUUUAUUCAUUAUAAUUACUGAUAAUGUGAUAAUUGUUUAAAUGAUAUACACCGAUAAA